AUGCUUGUAUGUACAAUGGUUAUCUUCUCAAUGGCACCUCGAAUGACAAUGAGUUUUUGGUCUUCCACGAAAAAUAAUAUAUUAUGGAGGAGAAAAGAGACGGAGCAUUUGGAUUGUGGCAGAGUUUUGAGGAAUGAUAAAAAAUAUAUCGAAAACUUUACUGGUGAUAAUCGGAUAUCUAUAGUUACCAAUCUGAAAUAUUUGGAUAUGUCAUGUGAUGCCAUUCAAAAUAGAAUUAUUCCAUUCAAUUUCCAUCUGAGACCUCUGAAAGUGGGCGUGGUUUUCGCACGAGUUGUAUAUAAAGAUUACGAGUUUCUGGAAAAACAAGUUCAAAUGUCAUAUCAUCCACAAAAUAUCUUUUGUUUCUUUAUUGAUUCAAAAAGUGAUAGUGACUUUAAAUGGAGGAUGAGAAGGCUUGGAAGAUGUCUUCCGAACAUUCAUGUGAUGGAUGAAGAACUUCCAAUAGAUUCAGCUGGUCACAAUAUGAAUAUGGCACAUUAUAAAUGUAUGGAGAAGAUGGUGAAAAUUCCGAACUGGGGAUAUUUCGUUUUGAUGCAGAAUCAUGACGUUAUCGGAAAGACAGUUUACGAAAUUUCAAGGAUUUUUGAGAUUCUUGAUGGAGCCAAUGAUAUUGAUAUUGAUAAGGAAUUUGGAAGGAUUGAAGAAAGAUUCGAAUGGGAUUUGAAAACAUUACGGUUGUUUCGAGACGAAUCGAUUUAUACAUCUAGUUUCUUGAAUAGCUCGUUAAGAAUAUCAAAAGGAUCUGUACAAGGAUCAUUAUCACGAGAAGCGGUUGAAUGGAUGGUGAAGACAGUGAAUCCGCGAAAAUACGGUGUAGAUGAGCAAUGGAUCUCAACAUUUCAAGCUAAUGAAUUUCUCGAAAUGCCUGGCCAUUUCACUGAUAAAUGUCUCAAAGAAACGGGUAACAAAACUGAUUUUAUAACCAGAUGGAGUAAAUGGUCGUGGUCAGAUGAGAUGGGAGAGAAAUGUGGAAGUAAAUACGUGAGACAUGGAGUAUGUAUAAUGGGAAUUGAGGAACUUCCAGUUAUCGCUCGGAUGCCAAAUAUCAUGUUCAAUAAGGUAUUGAUUCCUUAUGAAAAAUGGUUCAGCUAG